UUCCCUGAACCAGAGCACUUACAGGUUCUCCUUGUUCUGCUCCUCAAGCUUCUCACCAUGAACUUCGUCAGUGUGCUGUCCUGCCUCAGCUUGCUGCUGGCAGCUGCUGUUGCCCAGUACCCCAAACCCUGUGUUGUCCCCCCGCUGUUGACUGGAAGCUUCAGUAUGUCUGCUGGCAACGGUUUCAUCUCUGCAUCUGGAUCAGUGACCUACAGUGCUUUGGGGCAACAAAUGCGGCUUAGAAGUAUUGGAGUUACAGCGGGUCAGACCUUCAUUGUGGACCAAGUGAUGCUUUUCAAUGAGAAAGUCUAUUAUGAAAUCGACUGGAGCAAGGAGUCCUGCAAGAAGUUUCCCCUAAAUACAGAAUUCAUCCCCAUGCAAGUGCCUGCUAAUGCUAAACUGAUGGGACAGUCAUUCUUGGGGUCCUCCUCCUCUUGGGGAAUGGGUGUGCUAACCAACACGUGGUAUGGAAAGCUUUCGGAAAACGGCCAUUACACAACUGCCUUCACUGAGGUCGGCUGCAUUCCCAUUUUCUUUAGCGGCUACACUCCAGAGACUGGGUGGAUCACCUACGACACCUUCAACUGGAUAAUUGGUACUUCGAAUCCCAUGGACUUCAUCCCACCUGACUUCUGUGUUGCCUCUAAACUGGAGGAAACAAAGACACCACAUAGCUUCUUCACUGCUGUGGAGUCUCUGGCCAUGAAAACCAAGAGAGACAAAUAAAGAUUUGGAUGUGAACCCAGAUAAUUACAAAUGCUGUCCUACAUAAGUUGCAGGGCUAAAUAUGACUCAAAUUAACAAGUAAUUAUUAUGAAAUAUGGAGCCAAGUGGAGUGCUUUGAUUUCUAAAGCGUUUUUCACCUGCUGUGCAAUAUUCAGCCACCAGACAACAAAGAAAGAGUUUUACACUCAGUAUCUUACUCAGUCAAGUCAGAUAGUCAGAUACCAAUAGCUUGAGACUGCAUGUUAGAAGGUGUAUUAAAACACUAGAUUCUGUCUAAUCAUCAGCAAAAAGAUUCAGCAAAACAAAUUAAAGAAGAGAACGACUUCCUGUGUUCUUUGUUUUGUUGUUAUUUCAAUAAAAUCAAUGAAAAGCA